AUGCCGGCCUGGGCCCAGGCGGCGGCGGAGGCGGAGGGGGCGGCGCUGGCGGCCGCGCGGUGGGGGCGGCGGGGCGGCGGGGCGGGCGACGGCGCUGCGAGGCGGGUGGGGGCGGCAGCGGGGAUCGGCUCCGCGGGCGGGCGGGGGACGACGGGGGCGGAGGGGCGGUCGGGCGGGGGGCGGAGGGGCGGCGGUUUUUACUUGCAGAAACUCCGAGCGGGCGCGCUAGCAGCGGCCGAGCACGACAGCGCGACGCGACGCGGCGCGGCGCCAACAAUAAGUGAAAUAGCCGAACUGGUCGAAGUGAAGUGCGUCGCGUGUGUUAGAGGCGUGCGCGCACUUGUUUGCGGCUCCGAGCGGCCGUUCGCGCCUCGCACCUGUUCGCUCAGCAGAGCCGCCCCCGCAGCCGCGCGCUCAUCUACCCGCUACACGCGUCCCCGCUUCUGCUUCGUCGCCGUAUUUAGUCCGCGUGUUAUUGACGCCGAAUGGGUUUUAAUGUCGGCGGGCAGCGGCAGCGGCAGCGGCAGCAGCGGUGUGCUCUCAGAAGGAAGCACCGGCAGCGAGCGCGGCCAUUAUUAUGCAGUGCCGUGGCUGCGGUACGACGCGGCGGUAGCAGCAGCGGCGGCGGCAGCGGCAGUGGCGGCGGCCCCCUCCAGCAAGUUCCCGGCCAGCUCCACCAUGUCGCUAGACUUCAGCGACCUGCGGCGGCGGCCCAGCGUCUCUCGCCUCGACGGAUCGCUAGACUCCUCACCUGAUCGUCGCCUGAAUAGGUAA